AAACUGGCUUCUUUCUAGUACAUAUUCAUAAGUGAACCAACAUUAACCACGGACACUGAACCAGGGGUUGAAAGGUAAUCACGUUAUCAGUUAGUCAAUCAUUAAGAAUUCAUUUUCUGAUGUUUUUCAGCGUCAUUCAACUUGGAGUAGAGCUUCACUGCCAUCUGAUUUCACACCCGAAUGCCGCAAGAACAGUCGAAUCAGCUGAAGGAAUUUUACGCAGUAUUAUGCCACCAAGACGUUUUGUCAUCGGAAACAGUCUAUAUAUACAAGAAGUGUCGUCGUGUCCAGCUUCUCGUAUAGAUGUCAUUCAACUGAUACAACAAUUAGACCAACAGCUUGAAUUACGUGGAGCUAAAAUGACUGGUAUUUGUCCAGUUCGCAGGGAACUAUUCACACAGGUGUUUGAUGAACUCAUACGUCAACUGACAAUACACUGUGCUGAAAGAGGUUUACUUUUACUGAGAGUACGAAAUGAAGUAGCAACGACUUUGGCUGCUUUACAAUCGAUCUACGCUUCAGGGGUUGUAUUUGGUUUGCAAAAGUCGCUAGCACGUGAAGCCGAUCGUAAAAGGCAGAUAAAUCGAAUUAGCACCUUAGAGAAAGAAAUAGGAUCAUUAAGAAAGAAGAUACAAAAAGAAGCACUCAACUGUCGGGCACUUGAAGAGAAAGAAGCCAAUAGAUUGGCUGCUGCAACUCGUAGAGCUGAAGAGGAUGCUAAUUUUCUAAGAAAAGGUCAUGAUCAACUGAAAACACAACUAGAAGAUAUUCUGAACCAGUUUAAACUUACAUCACCUUAAAUAGUAUUAUUGUAUAACAGAUUACUGGAAAAAGAAAAUUGUAGCUUCUUUAAAUAAAUUGAUAAUGUAUUAUCAUUCGCUUCAACGAGCUUAAUGUUAAACUUCAAACCAUUGUCAUGAUGGUAAUAUUUAAA